CGGCUGGCCAAGUUGCCUUUAGCUUUAGGGUUUGUUUCCUCACACUCGUCGGUCACUUCCUGGUCUGCUCUGCUCACCCUGUGUGGUAUUAAAGUAAUCACAACACCUGUGUCCAAAACCUUCCUCCUGGAGUCAACAUUCUCUGUUGCCAGAGAUGGUGGCCUCACACACGAGUCUGGCCGAGUCCAACCCCGAGCCGCCCAGAAGCAGAACACUGCCCGAUUCUGGUUCCAGCUCAGAGAAGGAGGAGGAGCAGACACCGAGCAGGGAGGUCAGAGAUGAGGGCAGGGUGAGGGAGAGGAAGAGAGAGUGGGACAGACGCUCAUCGUGCUCAGCUCAGACCGCGAGCAGUAGCCGCCUCAGCAGCGUGGGUGAUGACUCAGCAAACAAGAGUGAAACUUCAGUGACCCCCAGUGGCGCAAAAGGCAUCGCGGACUCACCCGUGUACAGCAUAGCGGCGUUCCAGGAGAAAUACCACGAGUACGACCUGCUUGGCGAAGGAGGAUGUGGCUGUGUGUUCGCCGGAUUCCGCAGGGCUGACAAUCUACCAGUGGCGAUCAAGCACAUCUCAAGACAAAACCACAUUUGCACACAUUUUGAUGAGAACGGGAAGCUUGUUUUCUCGGAGGUCGCCAUCAUGGCCAGAGUAGCUUCCAAGAAAAGCAGCUGUGUGGCCCUGCUGGACUGGUACCUCCUGGAGCACGAGCUCAUUCUGGUGAUGGAGCGCCCGGUCCCCAGCAUGGACCUGUUCAUGUACAUCAACACCAAGUGCAAACGGCCCAUGACGGAGGGAAUGGCCAAGGUCAUAAUGAAACAGCUGGUCACUGCAGCCGUGGGACUGGCCAAGAAGGGCGUCUAUCACCGAGACAUCAAGACGGAGAACGUUCUGAUGGAAACCAACUCCGACUCCCCCAGAAUCCAUCUCAUCGACUUUGGCUUCAGCGUGCUGGCGGAGAAGAACGCCUCGUACGACGUGUUCUACGGCACCGCCGAGCAUCUGCCUCCGGAGUGGUACACUCAAGGCAGCUACCGCGUGGAGUCGCUGACCGUGUGGCAGAUCGGAGUCGUCCUGUUCGAAAUCCUGCACAAAGGAAUGUUCGAGACGCAGGAGUACAUGCAGCUGAAGAAGAGAAGCAGGCGGAAGCUCUCGGAAGGGUGCCAGGACUUCCUGAACAAAUGCUUGACCGUAUCCCCCGAGCAGAGGCCCACUCUGGACCGGCUCCGCUACCACCCAUGGCUCCGAAUCCCCAAAAAAUAAGUGAGGGUGACACGGCAAGUCAAAGAGAGUGUUGAGGAAGGGCAUGAACACACAGUGCUGCUGUCAAGGAGCCACACAUGACACACAUGGGCAACUUGGGGUCUCCAGCCAGCAGAGUUUCCAGUCUGUGGUCCAGACACACCUCACCCGAGGGGCCCUCCAAAAAUGUCUUACAUAACAGGCCAUAGCUGAACCCAAACAUUAGUCACGAUGUGAGUGCACAUCACACACUUUCCAAUAAACAGA